AUGGUCAUUUUUUCUCGUCACUUUAUAGUUUAUUUAUUUGCUACUAUAUUAUUACUUGCUCAAUGUACUUUUUCGCUUGAAAGUCGAGAAGCUAUUAAUGUUUAUAAUCGUCGAGAUAAUGACGGAACUCUGUUGUGCAAUGGCAAUGCCGACCUUUGUGAUUUGCGCUUCAACCAAGUUACGCACGCGGGUACUCAUAAUAGUAUGGCGUAUAAUCUUCGAUUCGAUUGUCAAAACGUCGUGCGGAAUUGUCGCGAUUCAACAAGUGUUUGCUUAAAACAACACACAGAAUGUCUAGCCUCCUAUAAGGUACAUUGCGAAGCUUCAAAAGACAUUUGUAAACAACGUAAUCCCAGACUAUUACAUUGGAUGUGCGAUGGCUUUGAUGCAGUUUGCAAAAAAUCUGAUGCCGCAAUUUGUUCUGCAUGGCUUGCCAUAUGUACUGACAGUUCGAAAGUGUGUAAUGUCUGGGGAGAGGCGUGUGGUGAUACGGUCCCCGAUUGGUUGUUGGAAUGUUUUUGGGAAAAUCAUCCUGGCCACGAUAUAACUAUCCAAUUAAGAGAUGGUAUUCGAUUAUUUGAUUUGGACACAUGUCAAGUAAAAGAUAAAGUGUUGUUAUGUCAUGGAAUGGGACUAGCACGAGCACUUGGCGAUGAACUUGAUCUAGUAUUCGAACAAUUUCGCGAUUUCCUAAAGGAAAAUCCCAAUGAAAUUAUCUCUAUUGAAUUUGGUGAUAUUGAUGGAGAUGGUGCAUUUAUCGGUGAUUACAUUCAAAAGAAAUUAGAAGAAUAUUUUAUUGACGAAACUGGACACUCGUUGCUCUUCUCGCGAACAUUGAACAAUAACACUUGGCCCACUCUACGCCAAAUGAUUGAGAAAGAUCAACGAGUAAUUAUUUGGUUCAGUUAUCUUUACGAUCAGACUCCAAACCGACGACCAUGGAUUCAUAAUGUAUGGGAUUGGUUUACCGCCUCGUAUUCUUAUACCGCUGAAGAUAUGACUGCUGCUCAAUUGAACAGCAGUUUCACUGAAUAUUGUAGAAAUGCUAAUCAAGUUAUCAAUCAUGAUAAGUUAACUUAUGGACGUGUACUUUGGCAAACCAUUGAUGCGACGACGGGAAUUGUGUUACCGCAAGUAAAAGAUGCCAUAAAAAACAAAACUAAUCCUGGACACAUAUGCUUACAACAAUUAGCCGAAACAGUCAACUUUGAUUUACUCGAUUACGUGGCUGAUUUAUGUUACCCAUUGUUUCCCUAUAUUUAUCGUGUUCGCGUAGAUUGGUAUUGGCGUAGUAACCUCUUCGAGGUUGUGAAACGAUUUAAUGAGAUGAAUGUAGCACGAGUGAAAAAAGGAGAUAUUCUCACUCCGGUAUGA